AUGGCAGGUUCGGGAGCGCUCGCAGGUCCGGUUGGCCGGGCAGGUCCGGGAGGGCUUUCCGAGCCUCAAGGCCUGGGUUGGUCGCAGGAGGAGAGAAGAGCAGGGGGAGUCGGAGGGGGAGAAAGUGUGGGGGAGGGGGGAAAGGGGGGUGAUGGGUUAAGAAUAGCAUGGCAAUAUAAGCACUUGGCUCCCCAGUUUACCGGAGUGGGAUUAGGAGGGCCGGUAGGUGCGUCUGUACCAUACUGCACCGAGUUUGACCUCCGCGCACCGCUGUCCCGGCCGUCGCUAAGGCACGCGCAGCAGCUGUGCACGUGUGUACCCAUGGGGGUAGAUGCGGUGAUGAUGAUAGGGACAGAUGGCAACUGCGCUCAGCAGGCGCAGCAGCAACACCAGCAGCAGCAGCAGCAGCAGCAUCAGGGGGAAGAGGAGGGCUCGGGAUCAGCGUCAGAUUUCACACAAGGCUUCUUUGGCCGUGUGUCAGGCUUCCUCUCCUCCAUUGACUCCCCCACACCUGGGGGGUCUACAGGAAUUGGGGAACGAGGCAUGGAAGGGAGAGGAGGAGGAAGCGGAGGUGGCGGGCGAGGGGGAGAAGGGGGGGGAAGGGUGGGUCGCAUUGGUGUGCAUUCUCUGGGAGCUCCUCCCGCGUUGCUGCUGUCAGGGAAUGAUGCCCAGGCCUCGCAGGUACUUGCAUGGCUGCAGUGGUUGAAAGGCUGUGUCCGCACUUUACCAGUGACGGUCCUUGUAACAGUGCCUAGAGAUAAAGGGAUCGUUCCUCCACAUGUGCUGCUGAGGCUGCAGCAUGCAGCAGACGUGGUACUGGCGAUGGAAGCACUGGAAGAGGACAAUGCAGAGAUGGCCAGUGGCAUCUCGGACUACAAGGACGCCUUGGGCCUCAUUCGCAUCCGCAAAGUCUCCGUGCAGAACUCCCUGGUGCCUCGUAUGCCGGCUGUGACCACUCUGGUGCUGAGAGCAGUGAACAGAAAGCGACAGAUAGUGGUGGAGGAGGCACACCCACCCCCGAUCGAUGCCACAGGGGGAGCAGCAGGUUCAAGCGGCGGGGGAGGCUCGGUUGGAUGUGGUAGUUCAGGCGGGGGAAGCAAUGCUCUGGAUUUCUGA